AUGGACUCAAGCGGUGGUCAAAGGUUCCUAGUGGAGCGUAUUUUGAACCACCGCGAUGUGAAUGGCGUCCGGACGAGUUACCUCGUCCGCUGGCGUGGCUAUCCACCGGCGUGGGAUAGCUGGGAGCCUCUUGCCCAGCUGAUUGUCAAUGUCCUUGGUCCCGUCGAGCAGUACGACGAGACCCACCCGCUGCGUUUGAAGAAGGGCCGUCGGAAAAAUACCUCCCCGGAACGCGAGUACAGGGAUUGCAAAGUGUCGAUCCCUUCGGCCAUCUCGGAAGAGAUAUGCAUCAAGUUUGGCGAGCCAGGCCUCACGGCCAAUGCACUCGAUGUUGCGGAUGAGGGCAUUCCAUCCCUGCACCAAGGCUUUGCCGUCUCGUACACGGCUACCAUUGUACCACCGAUGUUUGAAGAACGCAUCGGUGAAGAACUCUUCCUCAGCACGGAUAGUUUCCGUGCUGGAAUCAGGUGGGCAAAUCUUUCUGCAACCGAACAACGAGAUUCGAUCCCGUUCGGUGGUCAUGCCGGCCACUCAAUCCGACUCUCUGGAUGGCGGCAUCCACGAAGACUCCACUUGGGGAGCGUGGCGCAGGACAUUUCGGUCCCUGGCCUCUUGAUUGGAUCCAGCAUGAGCACUAGCACCUGUGUUACCCCGAUCCCUUGA